AUGCCUCUCCGACUCAUAUCACCACCGCCGUCUUUCCAUCGCUUCACCUGUCACGCCACCGCCACUCCUCCUCCUCCUCAAAUCUCAACUGCAACCCCUAUUUCUUCAACUCCACAGCCCCCGCCACUAACAUGCGCACUUCAUUGCCCCCAUUUCCAAUCGUGUUCGGGGUGCACGCACGAGCUUAACCUACACCGUCCUGUAAUUUUGGAGGACGCUACCAAUUUCUUUCGGAAAUAUGGUGUCACGGACUUCACAUUCGAUACUUGCAAUUUGUGGGGUUGGAGGUGUCGUGCGAAAUUGGCAGUGCGUGGUUCUUCAACCAACCCUCUCAUUGGACUCUAUGAGGAGGGUACUCAUAAUGUAGUUGACAUUCCACAAUGCAAAGCUCAUCAUCCUAAUAUUAAUGCUGCUGUGGAGCUGCUUAGACAAGGUAUUACUGAAUUAGAUGUUGAUCCAUAUCUCGAAGAUGAAGGCACUGGUGAAUUGCGAUAUGUUCAGAUGGCUGUGACAACACACAACACAUCUCUUCCUGCUGCACAAAGAUAUAUGAAUGGAAAGGUUCAGGUUACAUUGGUUUGGAAUUCAAGAAAGGAAAAUUCCCGUGGUUCAGACAAACUGAAUGCAUUAGCAAAUUGUCUAUGGGAAAAUGGUGGGCCACAGAGCAGGCUUCAUUUAAUUCAUUCUGUGUGGGCCAACUUUCAGACUUCUGAUAAAAAUAUAAUAUUUGGGAAUAGAUGGAGACAUCUUCUUGGAGAGAGAGAUUUUUGGGAACGUGUUGGUGGGAUUGAUGUGUCAUUAGCCCCUUCUAGUUUUGGUCAGGCAAACACACGGGCUUUUGACUCCUUGCUGCAGAAGUUACAGAAAUAUGUUCCAUAUGAAUCAUCUGUUACUGAUUUGUAUGCUGGAGCUGGUGUCAUUGGGUUAUCAUUAGCUGCCACAAGAAAGUGCAGAUCCAUCAAAUGCGUUGAGAUUAACAAAGAGUCAAAGGUAUCUUUUGAGAAGACAAUUGGACGCUUGCCUGCCACCGUUAACAGCAGCAUCACUUGGCAUCAUGCAGAUGCUUCAAAAGAUCCUUUUUCGUGGCUUGUGGGCUCAGAUGUUAUAGUCAUUGAUCCUCCUAGAAAAGGACUGGAUUCAUCUCUUAUGGAUGCAUUGAAGAAUAUAUCCUUAGUGGUCCGCAAAGCUUUGUCAUCAUCUGAACGCCCAAACUCAUUCCAAGAAGAGAAAAGACCAUGGGUUUUACGUGCUAAUGAAGCUUCAGUCCAGAUUAGAAGCAAAUUACCUGAAGCAAACAUUACUCCAUUGGUGCCACAAACCCUUAUUUAUAUAAGUUGUGGGUGGGAAAGUUUUAAAGAGGACUGCAAGUCAUUAUUGUCAAGUAAGGCAUGGUAUUUAGAAAAAGCUCAUGGUUUUAAUUUUUUUCCUGGUACUCGAAGCGUUGAAAUUCUGGCAGUGUUCAAGAGGGGCCCUCAGAAAAAGAAACCAGGAAAGAAAAAGAAAAAACAUUCGCAAGGAGCUGCUAAACAUAAAUGA